AUGAGAAGAAAUAUCUCUAUGCUUAAAUACCAUAUAUUAUACAAGAAAGCAUUAAAACCCACCUGGUUCCAAGAAUAUAGAAAAAAUGAAGUGAACUUUUUCUUUCUCUUCGAUAGGAAGAGAAAUAUUAUAUCAGGAAAUAUUUCAGAAAAUAAAGAUAUGAAAAUAAAACAUGUGGAGGACACAAAAUUAAAAAGUGUAAAGAAAAAUAAAAAUGUGCAAGAAGAAGAAAACGAUGAAGAUGUGUAUGUAUUAAAUGGAAAACCUUUAUAUGCACAGAAAAAUAAAAAAAGUAAAGAUGAGAUAAAAAAUAAAGUGUCUUCUUUAAAGAAAAUAAAAUAUUUAACAAACACAGAUAAUUUCUUUUAUGCUAGAUUAAAUGAAAGCUUAAGUAAAACAAAAAAAAAUAAACCAGAUAAAAAGGAAAUAAUAGAAAAAGAAGAAUAUAAUAAUACCGAUCAAAUAAUACAAGAAAUAGAAUAUAAAAAAGUUAACGAUGAAAAUAACAAACAAAAAAAUAUUUCGACUUAUAUAUAUAGUACUGAAAAUAUACAGGAUAAUCAAAAUGUAGAGGAUAAUCAAAAUUCACCAUGUGUUGAUAAUAUAAAAAGUGAUAUAUAUAAUGAACUUACCAAUAGUCAUAACAACAUAAAUAAAAAUAAUAAUGCUAUCAUUAAUAAUGAUAAUAAUAAAUGUACAGAAAAGAUGCCGGGGGAAAGCAAACAAAUGUUCUCAGGAAAUUUUGUGAAUCUUACUAAUAAUAUUAGAAUUGAUGAAAACAAAUUAAAUAUAGAAGGAAACCAUGAUAGAUUAACAACAAAUAAUAUAUAUAAUAAUAAACAAGUAAAUGAAAAAGAAGAAAAUAAAAUUCAUUCUAAUAAAUCAAAUAAUGAAUAUAAUGAACAGAGUAAUGAUUUAAAUAUUAAAAAUUUUCCUAAUGAUAAUAAAAGUACAAAACAAGAUAUUUUUGAAGUUUUAAACAAAAUAAAUAAUGAAAAGGAUAAAAAAGAAGUAGAAAAAUUCUUGAAUUAUUUUUUAUUAUAUAAAAACAAUAACCCUUCAAAUAUUUUAGGAAAUUUUGUUAGUUUUUAUUUUUGUAAUAUCUUAAGUGAAGAUCUAAAAGAUUUAAAAUAUUCAUAUUAUGAUGGAGUAAAAUUAUGUGUUAAUACUUUCUUAAAUUCUUUGAGAGAAUUAAAUGAAAACCAAAUAUCUAAAAUGACAAAUGUUUAUUUAGAAGAAUAUUUUUUAAAUAUAUUCCGUAUUUUAAAAGAUCAUAAUCUGAAUUUACAUUUUGAUAAUAUAGAAAUAAUCAAUAUCAAAUUAUUAAGUGUAUAUAAUAUAUUAGGUUUAAUUCGAAAUAUUAAUGGGAAAAGAAAUUUUCAAAAAAAAAAAAACAUCAAAAAGUUUUUAUAUCAAUAUAUAUGUAUUGAUAAUAAAGAUGUUGCUUUAUUAAAAAGUAAAAAUAGAAUAAAAUUCUUAUCAAAUAUUAUAAAAAAUGGAGUAACUACACGUAUGCAUAUAUUAGUAACUUUGUCGUAUGAUUUAUCUUCAUAUGAUAAUGUUUCUUCCAAUAUUAUUACAAAAAAUAAUAUUAAAAAUACAACAAUGGAAUUAAUAUUUGAAAACCAGUUGGAAAAUCCAAACUUCUCUAUACAAUCUAAUGAUACUUUAAAUUUAAAAUCAUCUGGCUGGUAUUUGGUAGACAUCAAUCAAAUAUUAAAUGAGAACUUGCCUUAUGAAUGA